AUGAACUGCUUCCUUAGAGUUGGAAUAAAAAAAAUAAGAAUCUAGAAAGAAAAAUUCAUCAGUAAAAAAUUAAUAGCUACACACGUUAAGAAAAUUAGUAAAACAUUUAUGUUAUUUAUUAAAUAAAGAAACAGAAAAUUGAAUCUGAUACAUUAAAUUAGAAAUCUCAUUUGAAGACAGAAUAAAGCAGCUUUUAAUUUAACUGGUGAAGAGAUAGAAAUUGUAUAAGAAUUUUAAUCAAUUUGUAAAAUAUUAGAUUAAUAAGAAAAUUUAACAAAAGAACUAAUUAAUUAUGAUGAUCCAUUAGGAUAGGUCAAAUUACGAGAAAUACUAACUGAUAAUAUUGAUAUUAUUACAGCAGCAUGAAGUAAAAUAAUUGACCAGGGAAAUGAUAAUUAUUGAUGAGUUAAAAGAAAUUAAUACACUAUUUCACAAUAAAUAAAAUGAUCAUAAAAUUUUAUUAAGAUAGAAAUUUAGCAAUCAUUUUAUACCUCAUUUAGCUGGAAUCAAUUCUAUGGAUGUAUCACCCUUUUUUAAAACACUCUAGAUUCUCAGAUAGAGUAAAAUGAUUUCUUAGUUAAGAUUGUCAUUUAAUUAAGAAGUAUACCUUUUCAAUAUUUCCCUAAAUUAUAAUUAAUGA